AUGGCCAUGAAGUUGAUUAACAUCUCCUUUACUCUCCUAGCAGCAAUGGCCAUUGUUGGAGCUGCAAAUUUCCAGGACGAUCAUAUCGAAGACGUGGAAAUGCAGACUAGUACUGUAGCAGAAGCAACUACAUUGCCUGAAACACCAGAUGAAGCAGAAGCAACUACUUCUUUAAGAGGAGUGAGCCGUUUUCUUUAUAAUCAUCAUAAAAAUAUCCCACUGCCCAGUUAUACUUGCGACAACCUUCCUAGGAUUUGUCGUGCGAAGAACAGCCUGGGGCCAGACUGCUGCAAGAAGAAAUGUGUUGACGUGAAGACUGAUCGGUACAACUGUGGGAUUUGCGGCUACAGAUGCAAGUAUACUGAGAUUUGUUGCAGGGGUAAGUGCGUCAAUGCAUCGUUUGACAAGAGGCAUUGUGGUGGGUGCAAUCAAAAGUGCAAGAAGGGAGACUUCUGUGUUUAUGGGAUGUGCCAUUAUGCAUGA